UGCACCUGAGAUAGGAAGUGAAGUAAAACCUGUUCCAAGCUGGGAUGAGGAAGGAGACAAAACCUGUCAAGGCAAUGAUGAUACAACAAGCCAGCCAGUUCAUUCAGCUGAAGUGCAGGUCCCAGCAGGAGAAGUUUUUGCAAGAAAUAACAUCAUAAAUUUUUUGGAUGACCUGAUGGAGAAUAUAAUUUCUGGUGGACAAGAAGUAAAUGGGGAUUACUACAAUCCAUUGCCAGUGCCACCAACCCAGCAUUUUCACUCAGCAACAUUCAGGCAUUGUUUGGUCAGAUUGAUGAGAAUCCAGUGAGUGAAAGUGAUUAUACCAGUGAUGGUGUUGGUCCCAGCCCUAUUCUAACAUUUGGAAACUUCCUUGCAAUGAUAGGCCAGCGAGCAGAAAGUGACAACAAUCCGAUGGCAUUCGGCAAGUGAUGAAUUUCACACACAUGUCUGGGGAGAGGAAGAAAGUGGACAAAUGCCCAGCAGAAAUGAAGUGGAAGAACAGGACUCGGAUCCUUUCAUUUCUGAUUGGCAGUUUGUCACCCGAGAGAGUUUUCUUGAAGAGUGAUAUAUUUUGUUUUGUGUUUGGUUGUUAAAAAUAUGAUUAUGUACAGUGAUAGCUCUCAGUGACACAAGUUUAUGAAAAUCUUUAUGAAGCGGAACACAAUAUCUGUAGCGUAAAUAGUUUAAGUUUAUGAGAACUUUUCUAUCUGCAUUAAUUGAUUAUGCAGUGGAGAAAAAUUAUCAUUGAAUAUGCCAUUUUCAAUGAGAUUUUGAUAACCUAUAUAUGGAGAACUCAUUUUAAGUGGUUGUGGACAAACAGUAUGUAGAAUGUGGUGUGAUGACUUUUUAAACAAUUUCUAAAUUAACAGAAUGAAAAAACUACUUGCAAAUAUGCUUUUGUGGAUUUGAUAAUUUUAAAAUGUUCUGAAUGUUGUUUUGAUAAAUAGUCAAAAUAGAUAUUUAACAAAUAGAGUAAAAGCAACACCUGAAAAGAUAUCUUGAAAUUUAGCCAAGAGAUGUGACUGUUAAAAGUGAUCUGAAUAAAUAACUAAGCUGUGAACUAUUGAAUAUAUUUUUAAAAGGCUGGAAAUAUUGAGGUAAUGGUUAUUUCUUUUUGCCCAAGCAAUGAGGCACAUGUCAAAAGUAGAUAAGAACAUGUUUUCUUUAUAUACUGUAUAAAUGAAUCGAUGCUUCUUCAAUUAUAGUACCAGAAUUUAUUUGUGUGGAUGUGAUUGCUGUUUUAAGCAAUUGAUAUUAUUACUAGGUGACCCAAAUUAUCAAUUUAUAUAGAAAUAUAAUUAUUAGCUGAA